CCUCUCAAUAAUCAGCUGACAAAAAUCUGUCUGUUCCUAUCGGGUGGGCAAAAUAUCGCAUCGCCAAAAAUCAUACGGCGGUGUGUAGCCAAACUAAUAUCUCAAAAAUGUUCUGAAAUUUUGGCUUUCAUUUUCGCAUUUCAAUGAUCAUUAUUAUCAAGAUUGUUAAAUAAUACCAGAAUUUUCAUACCGUUUGAAAGCAAAACUCAACCUCCAACCUUCCUUAUACAUUAAAACCUUCCAGGUUCUAUCAUUUUUCAGGUUAUGUAUAUGUUUAUACAGUUUGGCUAUACGCCAUGUUUUUUGGGGAUGCGAUAUUAUGAUUCGUUUUGCUGCUCUGCGACUUUGGCUUUGCUCUUGUGCACUCCGCCACAGUGACUCCGCUCUUGUGAUUACCAACCAAUCUGUCUUUCUCUUUAUCACUCCUUCAGCAGUAUUCAGAUUCAGAUUCAUGUGCAAUAAUAAUGACACCUGUUUCUCAAAUAUAAUAUUGAAGUUAAAAAUCAUCCUUACAGUGUUCAGUAUAAAGUUAACAUAAAGAGCAUGUCAAACAUGGAGCAAACGUUUGCCAGUGAAGAGAAACUUAUUAGCUCAAGUAAUGGAGAGGUAAAUGCAGUUCAAGAACAAUCUAGUCCUAACCCGGUAGUAAAUAAUGUUAGCAACAACGAAGACGUUGGGAAAAAUGAUAGUGCAAUAUCUACAGAAGUGGAAGAAUGGAUGGAUAUUCUUGGAAGUGGUCAAUUGAAGAAAAAGGUGAUAAGAGAAGGCAAGCCGGACACUCGUCCACAGAGAGCCGACAUAUGCCAAGUAAAAUUCGAAGGAAGGCUGGAAAACGGCGAAAUUAUCGAGAAAGAAGACUGUCUGACAAUUAAUAUUGGAGAUGGAGAGGUGAUACAAGGCUUGGACUUUGCCAUUCCGUUGAUGGACGUUGAUGAGGAGGCGGAGCUGGUGGUGGGGCCGCGGUUCGCGUUUGGCGCGAGGGGGCGGCAGCCGGACGUCCCCCCUGGCGCCACCCUACACUACACGGUCACCCUCCUGUCAGCCGACCCUGAGCCUGACAUCGCCACCUACUCCAUCAGAGACCGCAAGCGGAUUGGAAAUCGAAAGAAAGAAAGAGGAAAUUGGUGGUAUUCCAGACAGGAGAAUACGCUUGCAAUAUCCUGCUACAGACGAGCAUUGGAUUUCUUAGACACGGAUAAUUGCGAGAACAUAGAGGGUAGCAAUAAGCCUACUGACGAAGAGAUACAUGACAUAAUUGAGGAUAGACUGAAAGUGUACAAUAACUUGGCCGCAGCUCAGAUGAAAAUCAAGGCCUAUGACGUGGCGCUGCAGUCGGUCGAGAAUGUGCUCAUGUGUCAGCCCAAAAACGUCAAAGCACUUUUCAGAAAAGGAAAGAUUCUGGCUGAAAAAGGCGAUGCCGAACAGAGUUGCUCUGUGCUGCGUCUCGCUUACUCUCUGGAGCCAUCGCCCGAAAUCAAAAAGGAACUGGAGAGGCAGAUGAAACUGCAGAAGAAGCACACCGCUCAGGAGAGGAAUCUCUACAAAAAGAUGCUGGGCACUAAUGAUGUUAAGACUAAGCCUGACAAAACCGAGCGGACAAAUGGCCUUAUGUGGGGAGCGUUAGCAGGUAGUGUAGCAGCCAUAGUAGUGGGAGCGGUGGCCCUUCGUUACAAGUUUAUGUAGAAAAAUUCAUGUAAAUAUCGAAGAAAUGUAAAAUAUUAUUAGUGUUUGAGAGACGAACUGUCGUAUGCGAGCGACUUGAUAUGAAUUACAUCCGCCAAUCAUCACUUACGGACAAUAGUGUUGACUAUAUACGUUGAAAAUUGUUUACUUAUCAGUUGAAAAUUGGCAAUUGACGAGCAUUUAUAUAAAAAUCUAUUAAAAAUAUAUAUUAUUCGAAAUUGCAAAU